AUGUCUAAUUUAACAUUUCCUAGAACUGUAAAAUAUAAUAAUAACCAUAUGUAUAAAUUAAAAAAUAUAAAAAAACCAUACAAAUUAGACUAUGGAGAUUGGGGAAUAGUAGCCGACGAAAGUAAUACAAUAACUCCCAACCAAAUAGAAUCUGCAAGAUGUUGUAUAUCUAGAAAUAUAAAAAAUUACGGUAAAAUGUGGAUAAAAAUACUUCCUAAUCAUAUAGUAUCGAAAAAACCAAAAGACUCUAGAAUGGGUGCAGUGGAUAAUAGCGGUGUACAAAAAUUACAAAAUAUAAAUAUACUAAAUAAAGAUUAA